AUGUCAUCUAUUAAUUUAAUUCUCUUUCUUGUCUUUCUUAAAGCAGGGAAAGGCUACAACUUAAGCAAACAUGUCCUGACUCCUGUGGCAGAACCUGCAAAUGACAGCGAGACCAGCUUCAACGAGGCCCACACAAAGAUCCACGACGUCAUGCGAACAACGCUCGGCUCCAUGAAGAGGCGCUUCACGUGUUUAAAUCAACUUGGUUUUGCACAAGAAAACUCUUUAGGCAAAAAGUCCAAUAUUAUCAAGGCGUGCAGUGUCCUGCACAACAUCGCUAAAAAGUUCUCCGUGCCUCCACCAUCUGACGCUGGUCAAAUCGAGCCCCUGCAUCCCGGCAAGCAACGUGCAGAGCCAGAUAUCAACCCUGAGGCAUUAAAGGCCAGACAGAAACUCAUCAUUGCUAACUUCCUCAAAGUCUCUAGUACCAGAAACCCACCAAGUAAAGGAAUCGCUGAGGAGGUUGUGAGAGUAGCAGGUGUGCUUUCUGUUUCAGGAAGCAAAGAAGUUGUAAAUGUUGACCCUUGAAGGACAAACACUGGAACCAAAAACUGUUCUAAUCUUUGACAGUUUGAGACCAGCUGAUGCUGUGCAAUAAAGUCUGUACUAUUUAUUUAUUUUAUUUUUUUCUAAUAAAAAAUAUUUCAUGUCUUGUA